AAGAUUUGCCAUGCGCUUCAUAACAAAUUUCGAGGUCUUCUGAACUGUCAAAUCCCUGUCGAAUCUCCUGACCUCCGGGUUCAAAUUCUUCCUCCGAUUCUCCCAAGCGUUCUUCAGAACUCGGGAAUUGCUUCAACUCUAUUCCUGAGAAAAUUCUGCUUCGGAGGAGCCGUUCUGGAGCUCAACAAUGGCAGACUACGACGAUUUAUUUAGCGGAGAUCCUGAUCCUCCCUGGCUCACGGCUUCUCGCGGAGAGGAGAGCUCGACAUCGGACUGCUCGAACACGGUCGGUGGACUUUUCGACACCUCGAGCACACUCCGGGCAAUGACGGUUUGCACUAGAUCAUGCGCAGACAUGCCGAUCCUUCGGCAGUCACGUCAUUCCAACCACAACAAAGGGUAAGGAUGGCAGGAAUCGCCAGAAAAUUUGAAGAUCUUCAAUCACACGCGUGCGGAAGUGUCGGCGUUAAACCCAGCUAGCGGGCGAACGAUUUCUCGGGAGGCUUGAGGGGCAAGCAUGCGGACCACGGAAGGUGUUAUCCAUCUCUGAGAUGGAACCUGGACCAAGUGCACGUGGACUCAACUCGACAGGAGCUUGUACAUCCACAUUGAUCAAGUUUGAUUUCCUUGAGUGGGUAGGAUGCUGUCCUCCGUACUCCGCUUUGGUUUACCCGAUUCAUAGAACGCCGCGGAGAGUCGAAAGGAGCAAACACGAAAUUUCGCUGCAACAAGUGCGUACAUACUCGCGUGGGAUUCAGAGAAGGUGGGGAAUGGGGAGACUGAGUCAUUGAGAGACAUGAACUUGACGCUCACGAUUUGCAAACGGUCAAAGACUCACGAGCUCGUGCUCCUACGCGCAUAUCCGUAGCACGACGAUCUCCCCCUCUAGUGAAGUGAUACAUCUGCAGAACUGUGUUCACCAACCAAUCUUUUAUAGCUUACAUACAUUGAAUUGAUGAACUGCGCUGACAUCGAACUUCUAUUUGACGUUCUGCCGAACUUAGCAGAUAAACUAGAUAGAUCCUGCUGCUAGUAUCCUAUGAUUUGAAGAAAUCCCUGCGGAUGCAUUUGCGAUAGUAAAGUCCACCGAUUGGUGCUGGGCUAUACCUCAUGAACGAACAGAUUACACUAGAGGUAGUAGACCUGUCCUGCCUUUGAGUUGGGACGGUUAAAAUCAGGCCAAAUCUUACUCGAUGAUUGGAAUACAGAUAUUGGUGUUCAAGCCCCGGGAAACUGUUUCACCAUAAACACUUCGUGAUCUACAUAUCAAUGACAAGUAUUCAUCUCGAAAUGGAAGUUUAGCUCGAAAAUUGACG